GCACUUCCGACUCUGUGGCUGGCCUUUUUUGGCGCCGUUCUUCAACGUCCUUCUUCUCUUCUUCUUCCUCUCGCUGCUCAUUCUAGUGACUGCUCCGCGGCGACAGCCAACAGCAGCCACCCCCCCUCGCCACCAGCACCGACCAUCAGGCCGCCACCAUGUCCCGGCAGGUGGUGCGGAGCAGCAAGUUCCGCCACGUCUUCGGCCAGGCGGCCAAGGCCGACCGCUGCUACGAUGACAUCCGCAUCUCGCAGAUGACCUGGGACAGCAACUUCUGCUCCGUCAACCCCAAGUUUGUGGCCAUGAUCGUCGACGCCAGCGGCGGCGGGUCCUUCAUGGUGCUGCCCCUCAGCAAGACUGGCCGCAUCGACAUGUCCUACCCAACAGUAUGCGGCCACACGGGUCCCGUGCUGGACAUCGAGUUUUGCCCCCACAAUGACAACAUCAUCGCCAGCAGCUCUGAGGACUGCAGCGUCAUGAUUUGGGAGAUCCCGGACUCUGGGCUGAGCUUGCCGCUCACGCAGCCGGUGGUGAAGCUGGAGGGCCACUCCAAGCGCGUGGGCAUCCUCAGCUGGCAUCCCACCGCCCACAAUGUCCUCAUGAGUGCAGGCUGCGACAACGUGGUGAUCCUGUGGAAUGUUGCCCGCGGCCAGGCGGCCAUCAGGAUUGAUGACGUUCACUCGGACCUGAUCUACAGCGCCUGCUGGAACCGUGACGGCUCCAAGAUCCUGACCUCCUGCAAGGACAAGAUGUUGCGGGUUCUGGACCCUCGCAAGGGCACCGUCCUCAUCGAGAAGGAGAAACCUCAUGAGGGCUCCAGGCCAGUCCGGGCUGUGUGGGUGUCAGACAGGAGGAUCCUCACAACCGGCUUCAGUCGCAUGAGCGAGAGGCAGGUGGCACUGUGGGACCCGGAGGACUUUGGCUCACCACUGACCCUACAGGAACUGGAUACCAGCAGCGGCGUCCUCCUGCCCUUUUAUGAUCCGGACACCGGCGUGGUCUACCUCUGCGGCAAGGGCGACAGCAGCAUCCGCUACUUUGAGGUGACGGAGGAGGCGCCGUAUGUGCACUACCUGUCCAUGUACAGUAGCAAGGAGAGCCAGAAGGGCAUGGGCUACAUGCCCAAAAGGGGCCUAGAGGUCAACAAGUGUGAGAUUGCCAGGUUCUACAAACUCCACGAGAGGAAAUGCGAGCCCAUUGUCAUGACAGUACCUAGAAAGUCGGACCUGUUCCAGGAGGACCUGUACCCCGACACCAUCGGUCCGGAACCUUCCGCAGAAGCCGACGACUGGUUUGGGGGCAAAGAUGCCCCGCCCGUGCUUAUCUCACUCAAAGAUGGCUUUGUGGCCACCACCAAGGCCAAAGAGUUCAAAGUUCACAAGAGCCUCCUCAAGACCACUGUGUCCUCGGCUGGUGCCACUCAAGUUGACGGCGGCACAGAGGUGAAAGGAGACGUGUCGGCUUUGUUGCAGGAGUUGAAGGCUUUGAAAGCAUCACUGGAGGAGCUCAGCAAUCGUGUGAGCACGCUGGAGAGCAAACAUUAAACCACCUUUUUUUUACGCAAUAUAAAAAAUGGAAAGAAAAGAGAAGAUAUAUUUUCCCUUAGAAAGAUAAAGAGAAACCCACUCCAGGCUUAAUUUGUUGCUCCAAUCUUUUUAAUAUAUGCCACUUGUUUGAAAUAAAAUCAAUAUUUUCCAAG